GGCAUGACAAAGUGCUCAGUUUUCCGACAACCGUGCUUAUACCAUCCCCACUCUAGGGACUACGCGGUGGCAGGCUAUCGCCUCCCAGCUAUGACCGAUGGCCGCGGAAUCGGGGCCGUGCCGUGCAAUGAGUUGAACGAGAGAGAGCACAGUUUCUCGUUGAUCUGUUUUGGAAUGCUUUACCUCAAUAUCUCGAUGCUCGGAGCUGAGAAUUCGAGUGAUCUGGAAGACAUGGACGUACAACUUGGAGCCGACGGGCACGUAUCGAAUAUCUCGGAUUCUAAUUGGAUGAUUGGUCGGAUCGACAAACGUCAUCAUUCCCUAUUGAACCUAUUGGAACGGGAGGCGAUCUUAUAUGGGCUACGCACACAUAUACCACCGCUAGUGGACGUACUAUCCGCACAGGAGUUGUACUUACAGCUUCCGAUCCAGCCCCGUUUGGAUGCACUAUACCACAACCCACAAUCACUCUUCAACGAACCUUAUUUGAAGACAACUGAUGGUAUCUUCCACCCACAACAUAAUUGCCCCGACGUGACUACCAGCAUUAUUGAACCAAAGGAUAUCCUUGAUGGUUUCACAACCGGUUCCUCGCUUGAGGAGACAGAGUGCACCAACCUCAUUACUACGCCAUUAAAAUCACACCAAAAACAAGCUUUGAGCUUCAUGCUCGCCCGAGAAGGCGGCUGGCGAUUCGAGCCUCAUGCUGAGGACGUCUGGUCGAUCGCCACAACCCCUCAGGGAAAAUCGGCGGGUUUGACCUUGGAAGUAGCUACUAACACUUCCACAAGCGGAUACGUCAAUAAUGUGGACGGCUCAACCCAGAAUCUGCCGCCGGCGCCAUGCCACGGCGGCAUCAUUGCCGACACUAUGGGGUAUGGCAAAACACUGACAAUGAUUUCACUCAUUACUCAUGAGUUGUCGGAGGUUGCCAAUACUUCACGAGGCUACAGCGUCUUUCCAUAUACUACAAUGAUUGUUGUCCCGGCGAACCUCUUGGGAUACUGGCACAAGGAGCUCACCAAACAUACCAAACCAGGGGCGGUACGAUGGCACCUAGAGAGUGGUUCGAAAAGAUUGAAAAAGGCAGCUGGAUUGAGCUCAAUAGAUGUCCUGCUUGUUUCUUACCCGACCCUUGCACGAGACUGGACAACUUGCAAGAGCACGAGUCUACUCUUCCAAACGAGGUGGCAUCGUGUGAUUCUAGAUGAAGCGCACAGCAUCAAGAACCCUCAAGCUGUGACCACUCGUGCGGCGUGUGAUAUCAUGGCUCGAAACAGAUGGGCCGUCACGGGCACACCAAUAACGAAUCGACUUCUCGACUUGUUCCCACUGCUCAAAUUCAUCGGCGCGAGUCCGUUCAAUAAAAAGGAUGUCUUCCUUAGUCGUAUUUCUGACUUGGUCCGUCAGGGCCAAGGACAAGAACAACUGGCAGUCACUAGAGUGAAAAGACUGUUGUCUGCUAUGAUGCUUCGCCGAUCCAAGGAGCUGCCAUUACCGGACGAGACGGAGCUUCUCGUCUCGGUGCGUCUCAACGAGCGCGAGGCUCAACGGUACAAUGAAGCUAAGGACAGAGCACUUUCAACUAUUGACAGUGCAUUGAACCUCAUUGCAUCGAGCAACUCGUUCCGAAACAUUCUCCAGAAGAUUGAUGUGCUUCGACAAAUUUGCGCUUUUGGACGUUCCAAUACUCCGAUCUCGCUAACCCCAACUGCGCGAAGUCCACUUAGCGAGAAUGACUGGGACCAAUACGCCGCAACAAAGGCCUUCUCGCAAAUGCUGGAUCUUGGACUGCACACAGUCUGUGCAGAGUGCAGUACGCCCAUUUUGACCUUGGCAGACGAAAGCGCAGGCCAAGCUGUUCUUUAUCUCACGCAAUGUUUGCGUGCUUGGUGCAAGUCAUGCUACGAGGUGGAGCUUGAUGGCGAAGCUUCCUGCGGGCCCAGGACUUGUGCAUGUGAAAUGCCUUGUGUGGUCGCGCCAGCUGCGGUGUCAGAGCCAGCCGCUAGUCUUCCAUUCGAGGUCACAGGAGAAUCGAUCGGCUUUCAUGACACCCCUAGCAAGAUCCGCGCCCUGGUGGACGAUGUCCAGAAACAAAUGCCAGGAACGAAAAGUGUCGUUUUCUCAUUCUGGAAAGCGACGCUAGACAUUGCCAGAACAUCUCUUGACCGAUCUGGGAUACGUUGUCUGCAAAUAGACGGCUCGGUCAAGUCGAAAGAACGCGCCGAAAUUCUCGAAACGUUUUCAGCCCCGAACGAGAUCCAAGUUCUUUUACUUUCGCUUUCGUGUGGUGCUCUAGGGUUGACUCUAACAGCCGCCUCAAGAGCAUAUCUCAUGGAGCCACAAUGGAAUCCUGCUAUCGAGGACCAAGCGUUUGCACGCGUUCACCGCAUAACACAGGUGCAAGAAACGACUAUGAUCAGAUAUGUGAUGGAGGACACCAUCGAGCAGUAUGUCCGAAAGGUGCAGGACGGGAAGAGGGACUUGGUCACGGCGUUUCUCAGUCCACGUGGUGAUUCUCGUGAUGUUUCAUUGGAGAAGUUGCGGGAGUUGAGAAAUUAUAUCUGAUGGGGAGAGUCUAUUACUGGUAUAGGGCGGCGCCCAUCUCCAGGGGCACGGACCGAAUAAGACGUGAGCUAUCAUAGAAUAGCCGCAGUUCAGAUCUCAGGACUUUUUAAUAUUCAAACGGACAAUUGCUGUGGCUCGUUCUCCCUGGGGCACGGAUACGAGGAGACGAGCCUUCGAUAUCAAACUCCCGCAAAGCCUAAGGAACUCGUCACCGAGCGGAGACAAGGAGCAUUCACCAGGUUAUAAUGGAAGAAAUUGUGACGGCAUU